AUGGCUUGCUUUGCAAGGACUGAAACUAACUUAGACUCCGAUCAAUCAGCUCUUCUUGCCUUCAAAGCUCAAAUCAGGUUUGACCGUCAAAAUAUUCUGGUAAAAAAUUGGUCCACCACCACCCCAGUUUGCAAUUGGAUUGGCAUCUCUUGUGGCGUUCGUCACGAAAGAGUCACAACCUUGAAUCUUCCCAACAUGGGUCUUAAUGGCACCAUUUCUCCAUAUCUAGGAAAUCUCUCAUUUCUUGCUUCACUCAAACUCAGUAACAACACUUUCCACGGCCAUGUCCCCGAGGAGUUGGGUCAUUUGCGUCGAUUGAAAGAAAUUGAUUUGGGAUACAACUCUCUUAGCGGGGAGGUUCCAUCAUGGUUUGGAAUCUUACCAAAACUUGAAGUCUUGAACAUGCAUUAUAAUAGUUUCACUGGUGUUAUCCCGCCUUCCCUUGGCAACAUCACUAGCCUUGUGGUGAUGCGGUUAUCGACUAAUCAUCUACAAGGACAUAUUCCAAAAGCAAUUGGUAACCUUUCCAGCUUGAAAAUAUUGAGAUUGGGAGGUAACCAGCUUUCUGGUUCCGUACAAUUCAUCUUCAACAUGUCUUCAUUGGAACAGAUUAUUCUUACAAAAAAUAGUUUAUCUGGUCCCAUCCCAGGAG